UCCUUCCCGCCAACCUCAACCCUUCAUUUCCCGCCAAAAUCCGAACCCUAACUCCAAAAAUAGAGGGAAAAUUCCCAAUCUUGACCUUCAUCAAUCAUCACUCUCUGCUCUGCUCUACUCUCCUCUCUCUUUUUCUCCCUCUCUCUCUCACACACACAGAGAUUCACCCUUUCUCAGUCAGCAAUGGAUCUAAGCGACGAGGUUAGGGCUACGCAUAAGCGAACUUUCCUCAAGUUCUUUGAACAAACUGAAUUGGACACGGAGCUGAAGAAGGAAUUUGAAUCUAUGAUCAACAACAAUAGGCGUCGUGUCAUUAUGGACCUCUCUGAUUUCUACAAUGACAGAGAAGGCUCUGAUUUGGCUCGCAGGCUUCUUCAGAAUCCAAGUGAGUAUAUGCAACCGUUGGUUGAUGCUUUAACCGAUAUGAUUCGGACCCAUAAUCCCAAGUACCUUAAAGAAGGCGAGCAAGUCUUGGUUGGGUUUACUGGUCCUUUUGUUUCGAGGAGAGUAACCCCAAGAGAGCUGUUGUCCCGUUUCAUUGGUUCCAUGGUCUGUGUUGAAGGCAUUGUUACUAAGUGUUCUCUUGUGAGGCCAAAGGUUGUAAAGAGCGUCCACUUUUGUCCGACAACUGAGAAAUUUACGGCCCGUGAAUACAGAGAUAUCACAUCUAAUGUUGGUCUGCCAACUGGUUCUGUGUACCCGACACGGGAUGAUAAUGGCAAUUUGCUAGUUACUGAGUAUGGUUUAUGCACAUAUAAAGAUCAUCAAACUUUAUCAAUGCAAGAGGUGCCUGAAAAUUCUGCUCCUGGUCAACUUCCUAGAACAGUGGAUAUUGUCGUAGAGGAUGAUCUUGUUGAUUCAUGCAAGCCUGGAGACCGUGUAGCAGUUGUUGGGGUAUAUAAAGCUCUUCCUAGUAAAAGCCAAGGAAGCAUGAAUGGUGUAUUCAGAACAAUCCUCAUAGGUAACAAUGUGUCUCUCCUGAACAAGUCAGCAAAUGCACCAAACUACACAGAGAAAGUCCUUAAAGACAUCAAGAAUAUAUCUGUUAAAGAUGAUACUUUUGAUCUUCUUGCUAAUUCACUGGCACCAUCUAUUUAUGGGCAUUUGUGGAUAAAGAAAGCAGUUGUUCUGCUCAUGCUUGGUGGAAUUGAAAAGAACUUGAAAAAUGGAACUCACUUGAGAGGUGAUAUAAACAUGAUGAUGGUUGGUGAUCCAUCUGUUGCAAAGUCUCAGCUACUGAGAGCAAUUAUGAAUAUUGCUCCAUUAGCAAUAUCAACUACUGGUCGUGGUUCUUCCGGAGUUGGUUUGACAGCUGCAGUUACUUCUGAUCAAGAAACAGGAGAAAGAAGGCUAGAAGCUGGUGCCAUGGUACUUGCCGACAGAGGUGUUGUUUGCAUUGAUGAGUUUGAUAAAAUGAAUGAUCAAGAUCGAGUUGCUAUACAUGAGGUUAUGGAACAGCAGACUGUAACCAUUGCUAAAGCAGGAAUCCAUGCAUCCUUGAAUGCUCGAUGCAGUGUAGUUGCAGCUGCAAAUCCCAUAUAUGGUUCUUAUGAUCGAUCAUUAACUCCAACGAAGAACAUUGGACUUCCAGACUCACUGCUCUCUCGUUUUGAUUUGUUGUUUAUUGUUCUGGAUCAAAUGGAUCCUGGGGUUGAUCGUCAAAUUUCUGAGCAUGUUUUGCGCAUGCAUCGGUAUCGUUCUCCAAUAGAUGGAGGUAGCUCAACACUAGAUAAUGAUUCAAGAUAUGAAGAGCAAAAUGACAAGGAUGAAAUGCCCGUCUAUGUUAAGUAUAAUCGGAUGCUACAUGGUAGAAAUUCAACUCGGAGCAAAAAGGAUACAUUGACCAUCCAGUUUCUCAAGACUUACAUUCAUUACGCAAAAAACAGGAUCCAUCCUGAGCUGACUGAUGAGGCAUCUGAUAACAUAGCUACUGCUUAUGCCGAGCUUAGGAGUGCCAGUACAAAUGCAAAGACUGGGGGAGGAACACUUCCAAUUACUGCCAGAACUUUGGAAACAAUUAUUCGGCUCUCAACUGCCCAUGCCAAGCUGAAGUUGAGAAGACAGGUUUUGAAGUCUGAUGUAGAAGUUGCUCUUCAAGUUCUACAUUUUGCCAUAUAUCAUCAAGAACUGACUGAGAUGGAGGAACGUGAGCAAGAGAGAGCAAAGGAAUUGGGGAAGAAGCGCAGUGCUGACCAUGAUGGCGGUAACAAUGCUUCAGCUCGUAAACGCAGAGCUGAGCAUGAUGCAGGUGAUGAAUCAGCUGAUCAUGAAGCCGGGGGAGUUGGUGGUAGUGAAGCGAUGGAAACUGAUGAUACUCCAGCAGCUGAAAUCAGCACAUCUCCUGAGAGAUUGCAAGCAUUCAGUGCAGCACUUGGUAGGCACAGGAACUUACAACAUGUGGAACAACUUCCAGUUGCUGAUGUGGAGAAUGUUGUCAACAAUGGGGCGACUGUACCUUACUCAAAGGCGGAGAUAGAGAAAUUAUUAAAGAUGAUGGAAGAGAAAGGCCAAUUGUGGGUACACAGUGAUACCAAUGUAGUUUACUUCAUGUAAAUCAGUCCCAAUUGGAGCUCCAAAUGCAGUUGUCUCCUUUCUGAUGGAUUGUCCAAAGCCUAAACUAUAUGGGAAUACACCACUUGUUAUUGAGCCAUAACUUCUCUUAUAUUUCUGGUAGUAUUAUGGUAUUCCUCUAUCUAUCCCCACUUUGACAUUCAGAUGUAGAUCUGAUGAAGCAUAUGAAUCUUACUUUUUCUGUUUUAGGAAAACCAAAUGGGUAAUGCAUUAUGUAAUGUACAAUUUAUGAUGACUACCAGCUAUUUAACUUUAACCAGAAGUUGUCUCCUUUGA